CCUUAUUGGUCCUAAAGCUACGAUGUGUAUAGGAGCAGUUACUUAUAUAUGUUACAUCUUUAGUUUCCUUUAUCCGGUAAAGUAUGUUGUAUACACAAUGAGUGCAGUUCUUGGAAUUGGUGCAGCAUUUAUAUGGACAGGUCAAGGAAAUUAUCUUAUAAUUAAUACUCCUAUAGAAAAAAUGUCAAGGAACUCUGGUAUAUUCUGGGCCACAUCACAACUCAGCAUGAUAAUCGGUACCACAAUCAUCUACUUCCUCUUUUCUGGAAUGGAAACUGUCAACACCAAAACUCGAGUGCUGGUCAUAUCUAUACUCUCUGGUAUAGCCCUAUUCUCCUUCAUACUGUUCGUUUCUUUGCCGGGAAGUGUGCGUCAGGAUGACAUAUCUACCAAUAAGGAAGACAAACCUGGCCCUAUCGAAGUGCUGAGGGGAGCUGGAAGGCUCUUUCGGACGAAACAUAUUUUGUUGCUCUGUGUGGCUUUCUUGUAUGGAGGUUUGGAACUAGCUUUCUUCAGUGGCGUGUACGGCUCUAGCGUUGGCUUCACAUUACAACUACACGAUUCCAAGAGCUUAAUAGGCCUCUGCGGAAUUUUAAUCGGUUGUGGUGAGGUUCUUGGAGGUAUUUUGUUCGGCGUCUUCGGAGCCUAUACUUCGAAAAUCGGCAGAAGCACAAUUGUGAUCUUUGGGUGUAUUCUGCACCUGGCAACUUACGCUCUCGUCUUUGUAAAUCUGCCGAAUAAUUCGCCUUUUGGAGAUACAAGAGACGAGGCUAUCAUUACAAGUUCUGCCGCUAUUGCUGCUGCAUGUGGAUUCUGUUUAGGAUUCGCUGAUGCGUGCUUCAAUAAUCAGUUCUACACUUCUAUAGGAACAAAUUAUCCUAACAAUAGUGCUAGUGUUUUCGCUAUUUUCAGAUUUGUGCAGAGUAUUGGAGGAUUUAUUGGUUUUAUGUAUUCAACACAUUUGAUAAUGUACGGAAAUUUGGGACUUCUGUCGAUAUCAGCUGUAAUAGGAACCAUAUGUUUCGUUGUAUCAGAAAAGGUGGAAGUGAAUGAAGAAGAAGCUGUGAGAUACAGAAAUAAAAUGGGAAAUGGUAGUUCAUGAUAAUUUAUUUUGUAUGUAUAUGUACAUAGAAAAUUUUGAAUAACGAAUUUUUAAUUACAUUUUAUUAAUAGUUUAGAUGUAUGAAUUAUUAGGUAAUAUAGUUUUUGUUGACUAAG